CCAGGACCUCUAAAAAGAAGUUUGUAAAGUGGUUUAUUCGGGCACUACUACGUAGAUAUUGUUGUUGUACAAGGCAUUGUAGUAUUAAACAUGCUUAAGUUCUUCUUGCUAAAAUAAAGUUUGAUCGACUUUCAUCUACUUCCGUUGUACACCAGCAUUUAUUUUCCGAUUUGUUCCACACGACACAGCGAAGAUCCCCCGGAAUUUAUUUUCCGUUCUACAACUUUUUCCCCUUUUAGCAAGUACCAUUCUGAAUUCUGAAUUAGACAUAGAAGCGUGGUAAAAAUUUGAUAACGGGUCUUGAGUUGUAGUUGUACUAGACCGCAGAUAGAUGACCGGUUGAACAUCAGCACUAGCAGGGGAAGAUAGUUGUCAGGAGUGCAUGGGCCGAAGGGGAGACCGGACGAGAGGCCGUAGUCUGCACCACGUUCUUGUGACGAGUUGUGCUUGUACAACUCGGCGACAGUAAUUGCUUUGCUUCAUCUCAUCUGUCUUGGCAUUUUACAACGACCACCCAACAGCCCACCAUGUCGGAGUUCGGCAAGGACCGAAAGAAAUAUCGAUUGCAAAUAUGUCUGGGUCUGGAACAAGGUUUGUCAUGCACAUUUUGCAUGAGUGCUGAUCGAUCUGUGAUGCAUGCUCUAGCAUCACAGAUUUUUUUCUCAGGGCUUUCUGAAGCCUAUUCUGCAUGACAAAUGCCCCUACUACUUACCGCGUAGCAAAAAUUACACUCUCUCUGCUGCCCAUGCAAUACAGUUUUUUUUGGAAUCGAAAUGCGGCAUCACAAGUUGCGUUCUUCCAGAUCCCGACAUAUUUGCAUUUGAUAAAAACCAGUACAAGGCCACCGCGGACCCGGAUGACGUGCGACGGAAACGCGAGGAAGACGAGGUGCAGAUUAUUGAGAGGAAAAAUCUCCCCUCCCCAUAUUGAAAAGACAUGUUGCCGAAAAUUUGUGUUGCUGAUUUGAGGUCACAAAUCACAUUUGUUUUGCAAGAAGACAAGGGCAGAAGCUUCCCCCUCAUUAUGGAAGCGAUUUGGCAUGCUGUUGGGCCUAAAGGGGAGCCGCUUGCCAUGCUGAACAACUAGACGCAUGCGCCCCUCCCUAGCUUGGGGACCUGACCGCAAUGCUUUCCUGCAGUACAAAGCUGAUUUGUGUGCCCAAAUCCAGCAUCAGAAAUUUCGUUUUGGGCCUCGGUGCUAGUGGGCACAUUUGUACGAAGUUAUUUCUACUCAGAUAACAACACAGCUCACUACGCCGCCUUCCCAGGAGCUGUUGUUGCUGUCUUUCGGUAGAAAUCACAUCGUCCAAAUAAUCCUACUAGAGUUUACCGGGUAUGUGGUUUAAGUUUUUUAGGUAUAGUCUAAACAGGGACACCCAGCCCUUAGCCAUCCAAAAUCAGAAAUUUCGUUUUGAUAUGGGGAGGGGAAAUUUUCCUUUUGAUACAGAUCCGAAAAGCGGAGAAACAAGCUAUUUUGGCGCAGAAGCGAAACAACUAUGAAUUGCGAAAGUAUCUGAUACUCGUAUUGCAAUCAUGCAUUACAAAUCUUUUUGUUAUAGGUAAAUCCGCAUUACAAAUUUUAUUUCUCAUGCUGAGGAAAUUUGUAAUGCAUUUACACGAGUACGAUACUUUUGCAAUGCAUAACAAAAAUGCAACGACCAUCGCGGAGCAGUUUGGGGACAAUAUGCUGGCUAUCAAAUGCAAAAAUGUCUGGGUCUGGAAAAAUGCAAGAUUUGUGAUGCAGGUUUUCCACGACCCAUGAGGUCUGGAAUGCGAGACCCAGCAUGACAGAUUCUUGGAGGUCUCUAUCAUGCCUUUCCUGCAUGAGAAACUCCCUCCCAACUUGGUCAAAAGCGGACAGCUUUCGGUACUCACGCAACACAGAUUUUUGCAUCAUUCAGGUUUAGCAUGACAAGUUCUAAUCUUCCAGACCCAGACAUUUUUACAUUUGAUACUGGCCAACAGCUCAACCAGCACACCAGGGUAUUAAGGACAUUAUAGGGAAAUUUGUUGAUUUGUGUAGCUUUGCAUCAUAAGAUGUGAGGUUGUUUCUGAUGUUGCGCAGUAGGUUUUUUUGACUUGGAUGAGAAACUACUAUCCACAUCAUCGGCGAUUGAUGUUCCAAAGCUUUGAUGCAACUGAAGAGGAAAUAAGAACCCGUCAUUAAUUACGUAUCGAGCAAGCAACAGGAACCAAUGUGAAUCCCAAAACAAUAAAACUUUUUAACAGGGCCGAGAGCACAUCUUCCUCGAUGCAAGAUGGCGGCAUGCAGGUCCAGCAAUUUAGUAACCAGCAAACAGCCAGCCAAUCAACGGAGCCCAACAUGUUGACGCCCGGGCAGAAAUUUCCCCAGGGAGAGAAAUUGGAAAAGCAACUGCCAAGACUAGCGGAGGCGAUAUUUAACGACGGCGACGCGGAGACACAGCUCGAAGCGGUGAUUGUGGUCAGAAAACUGUUGUCAAAGGAAGAAGCGCCACCAAUAGAGGAAGUGGUCGCCGCAAACUUAACGCCGAAAUUAGUCGACUUGAUGCGGGUCUCUACGGAUCCAAAGUAUUAGGAUUUUUCAAUUUGUCAUGCUGUAUUAGAAGUAUGAAAAUCGUCACACAACGAAGUUUUGAUUGAACUACUACUUACAUUGUGAUCAGCUUAUUUUUGUCGAUGACGGGAUACGAAUAUAUUCAUGUUAUGCUUCUGCUUGUUUGGGAGAAGUGCAGAAGCUCCUGCAUCAAACUGGAUCAUUUAUGGGAACAAUAUGAAAAUGAAAAUUAUCAGGCUCACCCUCGAAACGGCGUGGGCCGUGACCAACAUCGCGUCUGGGGAUUCCAAAUUUACCCGUUAUGUAGUGGAAGCGGGUGGCAUUGACGCGUUUUUAUCCAUCUUGCAGUCAAAGCAAGCGUAUCAAAUGUAAAAAUCCCUGGAUGUCUGGAAACUUGUGAUGCUGGGUGGCAUCUCAUGAUGAGGCCACAAGUGCUGGCUCAGCAUGACAAAUUUCUGAGCUUGUAGGUGUUGCCUAUUCUGCAUGACAAACUGCGUCUCCGCAUGACAGAAAAAUGCGGCUCUUGGGCAACGUGCAUGACAGAUUUAAGAGUCAUGCCAGACAAGCAUGACAAACAUGCAUUCUUCCAGACCCAGACAUUUUUGCAUUUGAUAAAGCGCUGAGACAAGAACUGUGCGAACAGGCGGUGUGGGGAUUAGGUACAUAAUUUUUACGAUGUUGUAUAAAUGCAUUAUACAAAUAAUUUCCUCAGCAUGAGAAAUAAAACUUGUAAUGCAGUGCUUUACCUUAAGAAGAAGAUUUGUAAUGCAUAAUACACAAAAAAAUUACAUCAGGUAACAUCGCGGGUGACGGCGCCCAACUGCGCGACCAACUGGUGCAGAAAAACAUCAUCCCGAUUCUCCAAUCGAUUUGCAGUGGCAUCAUCGAGCUCCCUUGGACAGAAACGGAGAAGGAAAACAACUUGAAAAACGUCCUGUGGGUGAUGACCAACUGCUGCCGGGGGAAGCCCGCGCCCGAGUUUGCAAAGAUUCAGCCGGCUUUAUCAUAUGUAAAAACGUCCCCACCUCCCCAUAGUCAAUGAUUGGGAACUUAGCAACACAAUCUCGGAGGCUUUGGGAGCAACGCAUGACAAAUUCCAGUCCGUGCUGUAGUGUAGUUUAGCAAGUGCAGCCGUGGAUCACAAAUCCGUCUGCUCAUCCCGUUUACAGCAUUACAAAUUCCAAGACGCGACUGGAAAUGCCUCUCACGGAGAUACGCUUUCCAAAUCUUCCUGUAAUCGCAAAUCUGCAUGACAAGUAUGAUGUGGGGACGUUUUUACCCGGGAUACGCUUUGACAGUCUUUGCGGAGGUGGUGGGGAGAAAGAUGAAGGACACAUUAGCAUCCGAGGCACUGUGGGGAAUUUUCUACGCGAUUCAGGGGAACGUGCGAGCGGUAUUGUUUUGAUAAUUGCUGUGCUAGUAUCCUUCACCUAUGUGCUGCUGGGAAGAACUACUUCUACCCACCUACAGCUACACAGGAUUUUUUGUCUUGCAGAAUCAUCGUGAUGAAAGAAAAAGUGCCUCUCUGUCAUGCAAAAUGGCUGGAUGCAGAUAAACAACAACCAAAAACAACAGGACGAGGGCAACGUGAGAUUGGAUGCUUUUUUAAUGGCGGGACAGAAGGAUUCCAGCAAUGGUGUGUUAGUCGAACCAAAUCAGCUCUUGCGGUGCCUGGUCGCCAUCAUUGAGCCAAAAAUGGAGCCAGAGGUAUAGAUAUAAGAGACACCACAUGAUAGAUAGUUGUAGUUCCACGUGUCAUGCGGUGGCUUCUUGCAAAUGAAACGUUUUAAGAAAUAUGCGCAUAGCAGCAGUUCCCGUACCCGUUUUAGUACAUUCUGAUCAGGUAAUUUCUGCAUGACAAAUGACUAUCGCACGAUCGAAAAAAUCGUCCAGGUUUCCCGCGACUCUGGCACCCCCGUGUGGACGGGUCGGUAUGUGAACGGCGAACCCAACGACGGCUCCUACACGAAAGACAUCCGCAUCCCCGCGUUGAUAUGCAUUGCAAAUAUGUCUGGGUCUGGAAGCUUGGAACUUGUAAUGCUAGCUUUCCAUAGCUAGGAAAUCUGUAUUGCAUAAACCAACAAAAGUCGUAGCCUCAUUUGUACACACAAGCACGCAGUUUCUCAUGCGGAUAUACGUACGAGAAAGCGUUCUGGAAAGUUGUCAUGCUAGGUUGCAUUCGGAGCUGUUUUUAAUAUCAUCCACGUUUUAGCAUCACAAGUUUCAUCCAGACCUCCGGGGAUAUUUGCAUUUGAUAUUUGAAAGCGUUAGGUGAGCUCGUGUCCGCCGAAGCGAGACAGUACACCGACGUGUGCCUGUUAUCCGGGAUCCUCCCAGCGGUUUUGAAAAUGCUCCGCGUCAUCGACCACGCACAGGCGAGGAAAGAAGGUUGCUUAUGGAUUGUAAAAAUGUCCGGGUCUGGAAGAUUGUCAGAUUUGUCAUGCACCUUUUCCAUGACCCACGAGGUCUGGAAUGCAGGACCUAGCAUGACAGAUUCUGUGCGAUCUCUCUCAUGACUACCCUGCAUGAGAAACUCCCUCCCGACUUGGUCAAAACUGGACCACUUUUGGUAAUCAUGCAACACAGAUUUUUGUAUGCUUCAGAUUUAGCAUGACAAGUUGCAUUCUUCCAGACCCAGACACUUUUGCAUAUCAUAUUGCUGGCUGGUGUCCAAUCUACUCGCAGCCUUGCCGGAUCAGGUUUUGGCAAGUAUUCUCCCCUACGAUUUGUCGCCGAAUUCCAACCUGUAUGGAAAAAAAAAAUACAACUUGUCGUCCGUUGAUGUCGUCCUUUGAUGUUUGUUUGUUUAAUAUUGCUGCACGACCCUCUGCAGCAACACAGAUUAUAGGACUAGUACCCGUGCAUUCGAGAAGUAACUUCUGCAUGACAAGAACGUCUCAGCAAACCCCUAGAUAGUCGUGCUGCUUUGGUAUUGGUCCUCAUCCUCGCCGAAAUAGGUCAUGCACACGCGGUCCGCCAAGAGGAAAAGCGAUCAGAGACAAAAGAUUCCUGCGACAUCAUGAUCAUCAUUUUGCAUGACUACACAGCCUGCUGUGUAAGUAGAAGUUGACUCCAUUUUGUAUGAUAGUCGCCAGCUAUCAUGAAUGGGAAGGAGGACAGGUUGUUUCCCAUCAUAGCUUGAACCCGAUACAGGACCCGAGUAUCGCAAAGAAAAAUCUCCCCUCCCCGUACUGAAAAGGUAUAAUAUUUUCGGAAAUUUGUGAUGCGGAUUUGUGGUCGCAAAUCGCGUCUGUCUUGCAAGCAGGCAACUCCACAGACAACCGCCGCACUGUGCAGGCGGUUUAUCAUGCUGCUGGACCUACAGCGCGGACGUUUUUCGUGCUGGACGCCUAGGCAAGAAAUUCCUUCCCCACACUUGGCAUGGGCCUGCAGAAGUCCUCCCCAGCAAGACAGCCCGGAUUUGUGUACACGAAUCCAGCAUCAGAAACGUCGUUUUCGAUAUGGGGAGGGGAGAUUUUUCCUUUUGAUACCGAGAGUUGAGAAUCCAUCGAACACGUGGCCAACCGAAGACCCACCAGCACCGCCGGCAGAGGUACUUCUCCGGAUCUUGAUAAUCCUCUACUUGUAGUUCCUGAUGGUUUUGUUUCGCAUCACAGAGUUGCGUCGUGGUCAACACGCAGCUUGUUCACAGACUGCAGUCGUGGGAGAACCUGUCAUGCGAAUAGCGAAUGAAAAAGCGUUUUUGUAUUGCGGAGAACCAAAUCCAAAUUCAAAAAAAAAACCAGUACCUGAACGUGUUCGACAUAAUGUCGGAGCUCGGGCAAAAUUAUGAGAGUGCACAACUCCCCUUCCCCCUCAUUUGUCAUGCCAAACCCUGAAUCCAAUUGCUGGGCUGUGGGACUGUUUGCAUGACAAAUUUCGGAAGCACAAACAGUACGACUUACACGAGGCGCAUGAAGAACUUGUCAUGCACAGGCUCCAUGUGUGUUGGUGUUUGUAUUGCGGUUCAUGGAAUAUUACAAGUGAGGGGAAGGGGGAGUUGUGCAGUGUCAUAAGAAUUUUCAGCAGAACGAAGCCUGGUCCAAGAUGAAGUAUGACACGGUGAAAGAGCUGAUCUACUGCUUCACCAACUAUUUCGCCACCAACGACGUAUCCUUCCUGUCCGAACAGAUUGUCCAGGUGAUGACGACGAAGGAGCAGGGGAAUCCGAACUACCAGCCAGAACUGCAGACCAUCUUUCAAUUCGUCACGGAGAACACGCUGAAAACCAACGCGUACGGCUUGGAAAAGUACCAGCAAGUCCCGGUCAUGUUUUUCCACCAGGCGACGUUUUUCCUCCACUUAUUCCACAACAAACAGCUCGAGCCCCCGCUGUUGUCGAAUUUGGUCGAUAGCUCCGCCAAGGUAUUGUCCUCGACGCAACAAGUUACCACCAUGCAGCCAGACGGCACGGGCGUACCGCUAUCAAAUGCAAAUAUGUCUGGGUCUGGAAAGUUGUGAUGCAGGUCACUGAAUAAUAACCACACUGUAAUGCGCCGCCAAGCAUGACAAGUUUUUUCAUGCUUCUGAGUUGCGUAUUCCGCAUGAGAAACUGCGUGUUUAUUGCAUGACAGGCAAAAGGAGCUCUUGGUUGCCACGCAAUACAGAUUCCUGAGUCAUGCCAGACUAGCACGACAAAUCUCGCAAUCUCCCAGACCCAGACAUGUUUGCACUCGAUAACCGCAACAGGUCACGAAUUCCCUGGCGGACCACUACCAGCAGAUCGCGGCGACCUGUGGGUAUGCGGAGAAGAUCGAGGAAUUGAUCACCCGGUUGCACAACUCGAAGAACAAGCAGCUGGAACCGCUGCUGGACAAAUUUGUGGAGUUCAAAACGAAAUAUUUCCCGGAUAGUGAGUCGGAAGCGGAAGACGGCAUGGGGGGAUUCGGAAAUUUAGACGACAACAACAUGACCUUCGGCGAGGGCAUGGAAAAAAUUCAAAAUUUUGAUUUCUCGUAAAGAAAGGGAAAAAGAAUGCGGACAUCAUUUUUUGUCAAGAUGAAACAGUCUUCAGUACAGCAGCUCGAUUUUGCCUUGAUGGAUUUAUCGGAAACGUAUAGACGACAAAAAUUUUUACACUAUAGCGGAUAGAAGUACUGUGAUGUGCAUCAAAUAAACAUCGUGACAAAUAAAAUGCAACGAGUUUGUUUUACCUAGUAUGAAGUACUAGACCACGUAGGUGUAGUCUGGCUCUACUACUGCAUUUAUAUAGCACAAUACUGAUUCCUUUGGUUGAAAAUGUCAUCGUGAAGUAGAAACGAUAAUAUGCAGUGUUGAAGCCAGCUGUCAUAGGUUUUCGAUUUCACUCGCUACGAAGACCCACACACAAUGUGCUCAUAUGAUAUUGGAUUACGAGCGAACCUUUGUUACACAAGAACACUAUGCGACGACACUACAGACCACACUAGGUCAUCAAACACCAAUGCGGAGAAGAGAUUAAGAAAAUUUGACUUUUAGCGGAUGAAGAGACGGAAAAGAAGUAGACCCCGGUAGUUCAUGGAAACCAAAAUGCGCCGCACAAACAGCAAGGGGUAGCUGUGGCGUGUCCUCGCAGCUGCCGACAUCACAAGGUGCCUUGCUGCGCCUCCGACUACCCGAGGAACAAAGAGGACAAGGUUGGAACACAACUUGUGGCGAGAGAAGCUAGCUGAGAAGCAGCUCUAACUACUGUUGUGGUGCACCACAAGGUAGCAAAUCAUUUGGUUUAAAACGAGAUCAUCCACCUCGAGGCGGUGGAAACAAAUGAUGCUCUUGACGAGUGCACUAGUAGGUGAGUACUUAUCCAUCUUCUAACGUGCGAAAAUGUGUCGAAGCGAAGACAAAGUGCGUUUCAUCUCAAGCGUGUGUGUGAGAAGAAGAAGAUCGCGAUCUGGUGAAUAGGAGGUAGUGAAAUAUCA